CGCAGGAGGUCAGCGCGCAGCGACCGACCGAUUCCCUUUCGAGUUCGAGCCGCUGGUUGUUCGUUGUAGCGAAUCAUACGGUUGCUCGUGCGGGCUCGGACAGCACGUAUGCCUCGUGUAGUUCGAUUCCAACAGUUCAAGAAAAGGUAAAAGGCCGGCCGCGAUAAAAAAAAAGACCGUCAGUGUCGAUGAGGACGUCCGGGUGGUGGUAAACCGGUCCGAGCAUGAAGACGAUUGGCCGGAUACUCGCGUGCGUGCUAUUGGCAGCUGUCUUUGCGAAAAAUGUGCUUGCAUGGAGUGCCGGGAAUAUCGAAUUUCCGAAGGAGCGCGCCAAAGAGAUCCAAGCCGCCAACGUCACGAGACUCAGGCUGAUCUCGCGACUGGAUUCUGAGCUUGACGACUCCCGGGCUGUUCUGGAUGACACGUCCAAAACGAAAGACGAUAAAAGUGAUCGAGGGCUCGUGGAAUCUCGCACGUUUGGAAUAAAAAGAUUGCAGUUCAUGCUGAUGCCGUUGAUGUACAAAAUGGGAGUAAUGAUGACGAUGUUGAUGGUGCUGACGGCGGUCUCAGUGAAGGGACUUUUCAUCGGUAUCAUACUGUUAGUGCUGAAGCUCAGCGCGUUUUUAGCGAAAUUUCAUUCCGCCUGGCAUCAUCACGCAGCACCGCAAGAAUGGUCGCCGCCGCAACCAAUUCACGUGCACGUACACAACAGUUUUCCGUAUACUCACACACAUGGCUGGGCACCGAGCGGACCGGGAAUGGACGAGCAACAUUAUUACUAUAAGGGAUGUAAAGCCGCAAGGCAACGACAUCGUGAAAGUUACGUGCAUCUGCAGCAGCCGAUCGUCCCAACGCGGAACAUGGCUGGGACGAUGUUAUUUGCCUGCAAUAUUAUUCUCUGGCUGGCGACAUCAUCGAAAUUGGCGGCUCGAGCCGAGGAGAGGCAAAACGUCGGCUCAUUGGCUCGCCCGAACAUGACUCAGAGCUUGAACGUGUUCCCCGGGGUCAAGCUCUGCUCGGUGGACGGCGAGGUCGUGGUUCGCGUGAGAAUGCGCGACCUACUACAAGAGACGGAAGUGCAAGGUCGCAAGAGGAGAGAGAGGACAAACAUUCUGCAAAGACUCGGAUACAUGAUGAUGAUGACACCGUUUGUCAUGCAGGUGCUCUCUCUGCCGGGCGCCAUAGCCUCCAUCAAGAUGUCACUCCUAAGGAGCGUCAUGGUCGCGCAACUAGCGAUCGCGAUAAUGUUCUACAAUUUGAUCAGGAGCACGGAGAACGCGGACGUGGUGGUGGUGCGCCAGCCGCAACAUCACGCGCAUUAUUAUCACAGUUAUCAUCCCGACGACGAGGACGAGUGGUUCGACACGAUCGAUUCCGCUCCUCUUGCGCCGUCGUCAUUCGUUCGCGCGAGCCACUCGGAGCCACAGAGGGAUCAUCUCCGCGGGAUGUCGUCCUUCAUGAAGGGAUGCUGCGUAUCUCUGUGCCUGCUGCUGCUGUGUCGUCUGGUAGCGCGGCAUCACGCUUUCGCGGACCAAAGCACUGAGCGACCCUACGAGUUCUCCUUCAAUAUCCUCGAUUUUCAACAUAGAUUCGAGAAGAAAGACGCCGACGGGCUUAUCAACGGGGAGUACGGGUUCAUUACGGCGGAUGGUGUAUAUCACGAAACUGCAUACGCAACGGACAAGAACGGUGAUUUUAUUAUUACCCGAAUGAGAAACCGGAAAAUAACCAGCCUGAAGGAUGCCCAAGAGAUAUUCAAGGAUCGGCCGGAAGCUGCCAAGAAGUUGGUAGAGGCGAUUUCGAGGGCCUGCAGCGGCUGCAAGAUCGUCGUCGCGAAAGACGAGGAGCCCGCGAAGAGACCUGAGAAACGCGUGGACGCAGUGGUCAACAAGUUCCGCAAGGAGAACGUCAUAUCGAUGACGCGGCCCAAGGAAAACGUCGUGAAGAACGUGAUGCGGGAGGCGAAGAAGCUGCUGCCGGAGCCCGGCUCGAACGCAGUGAACGAUCAGGUGCUGGAGAAGAUGGCGAACGAUCUGUACUAUCAGUUCAACUACACGAUCACCACACACGGACACAACGAGGACGGUUAUCGCAGCGGCCGGAAGGACGGCAGUUAUCGGUCGCAGAGCGAGAACGGCGUCGAGACGCGGGUGAAGUAUCUGUCAAACGAAUUCGGCCAUCAGCCGAACAUCACGUUUGCGCCGCGCGCGAGCACCGACGAGGAGCACGCUCUCAAAGGAUACUCCUUCCGCUGGUACUGGCCGUAAAAAUAUCGUACUUCUGCUCUUUAUCUCGACUCCGGGAUUUAUUUCUUCUUUUUCUUCUACUUUUUUGUUUCUUCCCGGGAAUAUAUUCGCGGGAUUAUACGCCACCGAACUGUCGAUUUAGUCUCGGAGGAGUCGCGUCUGGGGAUUCGCGAGACUCCGAUUUUGCGACGAGCGGUCUGGCGACAAGUGAUUUAUCGUAAGGGAAUCGACGAUUUGUUGAAAUCGAAGUCGCUCCAGUGACAAAACGAGGAUUCAUAAUUGGCCACAGUUAGGCAAGAUCCAACCCACGAAAUUGUGAUGAAUUGAAUGAUUUGAAUUUUUCUUUUUUGCCAAUAUGUCUUUCUACACGAAAUAAAAAUAAUUCAAGCCUCAAGUUGGGCUCUCA